AGGAGGGUCCAAGAGCAGGGCUGGAGGGCCAGGAGCGGGACAGGGGGGCCGGGAACAGGACAGGGGGCCCGGGUACGGGAGAUCCCGUCUGUAAUCAACAGGAAGCGACGUGCACUGCAGCUCCGUCUCCUCUGUAGGGAACCUGCUGCAGGCAGUGACCAUGGCAGAGCACAGCGGACUCAGUGGAGGACAUUCAGCUGCUUAUGGAGCCAUGGAACAGCCAUAUCAGCCCAAUUACCUGAUGACCCCAGAUAUUGCUGGGAAACCUCUCAUCCCUGGAUACACACAUUAUCCUGAAGGAAUGAUGGCUUCAGCGGCCAUGAGUCCUCCGUAUUACCCUCCAGCUGAUGCCACCAGUCCGGCUGUGGACACGGAUGGUCCAACAGCUCCACUCCCUGAAUGGACAGAUAUUCCAGGGUAUGAAGGGAUGGGCGCCGGCGAUGGGGGUGGUAAAUUUCUACCUCCUCCAGACAUGGGGCCGAUUCCUGGGGCUGUGCCGACACCAACAAACGCCGACUGGACGGUCCCCUCCAUCUCCGAAGAUGACGCGAGAAAGGCUCUGCUGGAUUACGCCAAGAGCAAAUGUUGUUACCGCUCAACUGCAGCAGAAGGCAUGAACUUCCAGAAACUCCAACCGUUUAAUACAUACCGGUAUCGGCUGGAGACUUUCACAGAGUCCAGGGCGUGUGCAUGGGUGACUACGCCUUAUACCGGCCAGCCGGUGGAUUCCUCUGCCUAUGGACCGGCCCCUCAGCCCUGGGAAAUACCCGUCCAGAUCCCAUCCAUGUUCCAGGACAAGGAAAUGAAAAUCCCCGUUCCCCGGACAUCCUCCGUGAAGGCUUGCCCCCAGUGUUUGGGAACCUGCAAGACGGUGUGUAGGAGAUGUCACGGAAGGCGGAAGGUGAAAUGCUUGAUGUGUCAUGGGGCGGUACGUCGUAUGAAUGAUAGAUGCCACCACUGCAGAGGAUCUGGAAAACAGAGGUGCACAACUUGUCAUGGCAGCGGACAUGUGACGUGCACAGGAUGCUCCGGGCAUGGCCAAAUCCUGAACUACAUCGAGCUGACCGUCACAUGGAAAAAUAACAUUUAUGAGUUUGUAGCUGAUCACAAUUCCGAGUUCUCUACUGAGCUGUUUACGAAAGUGAACGGGGAGAGAAUCUUCACGGAUGAGCAGUUGCUGUUGCCGCCGCUGAACAACUUCCCAGAUCCGGCAAUUAAUCAGGCUUCCCUGGAUGGUUUGCAGCAGCAUCACGCACAGUUUGCUGGUUCCUGCCGGAUACUGAGACAGAGACACGGCAUUGAGUGGCUGCCGCUCACCAAGGUGGUAUACAUUUGGAAAGGCAAUCGAUACGACUACUUUGUCUAUGGGAAGGAGAACAAGGUUUAUACUGACAAUUACCCUCAGAAGUGCUGCUGUGCCGUCAUGUGACCUGGAAUUACUCCACGCGACUUUAACUAUCCAGCCUCAGUCACCUCACUAUGCAGAGGGAGGCACCAGCCUGCAAGCUGUUACACCCCAGUAUGAGGCAUCUUGUAACAUUAUGUGCUGUUGUGUAUGUAAUAUGGCCCUAGGACCAGCGCUGUUACAGUAACAUGUAAUCAGGCUGCUCUCCGCAUAUGGGUCAUGUUUAAGUUUCUAAAAAGUGGAAUUAAUAUUUAAAGUAUAUAUCCGCCAGCUUGUGCCUUUUUUGUUACUUCAUUAAAUGUAAGAGCUGCAUAAUUUUUAUCAACCAUGUAAAAUUCCUUUUAUUAAUUCACUUUUUAAAAACUUCUACCUAAAUAUGACUUAGUAGUAGUGCGGAUAUAAAGCAAUCGCCGUGGUAAUCCGGGGCCUUUUCCUGUGGAUCUGCAAUGUUUAUAUACAGUAUAAGUCACAGUAUAUUACUAUUGUAGUCAUUUUUAAUACUAAUUGUUUAGCACCAUAAUAAUUUUUUAAUUGUAUAAAAAGAGAACUGGUUACUACAAUCUGUCGUCUCGGACCCAUGUUCCUCUGCGGGACGAUACUUUGGGGCUGAUUCAGAGUGAGACACAAAUGCCGUGUUUACUGCGAUCCUGUACACAGCGAAUCUGGGAGAAUAUGCUAAUUCUGCAGCUGCAAGUAUUUGUACAAAGACGCCAACCCAUGGUAUCUCUGAUUGUGUACAGUGACGCAAUGUCCGUCACAAGUAAGUCGCAGGCUCAGACAUGCUUCCAAAAUGGCUGCGGCAUGCCUACAUUUAACAAGCCACCCCUAUUACCUCCUACAGACGAUGAAUACCCGUCGCUCACUUUGCAAAUUAAUUCUCACUGCAUCCACCAUCGCUAAUUAAUCACUACAUUAGUGCGAAUCUGACACAUGCGCAGUGCAAGAAAAUAAAAAAAUCGCUCAACUGCGCAAAGUUCACCUUGUCUCAUCGUUUGAAGUGAACUGAAUAAAUGGAUAUUGGGCUUUGUGUAUAAUUAUAUAUGGGGGGUCAUUCUGACCCGAUCGCACACUGCAGUUUAUCGCAGCGGUGCGAUUGGGUCAGAACUGCGCAUGCGCCGGCGCCGCAGUGCGCCGGAGCAUGCCAGACAGCCGGAGGCCGUCGGGCCGCUACGAUCGCCUCUGCCUGAUUGACAGGCAGAGGCGGUCGCAGGGUGGGGGGCGAAAUGGCGGCGUUUGGCCGCUGUUUUGUGGGCGUGGUCUGACAUGCGGGGCGAGCUAGCCCUGUGCUGGGCGUCCCCCCGCAUGUCAGUGUGAAUGAUCAUAGCUACGAUCAUCUCGGAAUGACCCCCAUAGUGUAUACAUAUAAUUAUAUGUGUAAAUGAUCUCUUCUAAUUGUGGCAGCCUGACACGCGGAUAUGGCGAUUAUAUUUAAAGAAUAAUAAAAACUGGGACACAUUCGCGGGGAUCCAUAGUAACAAAAAUCAGCAAUAGCAGCAAGUGUUAUACUGAUUAGGCUGUGGUAACGAGAAGAAUCACAUAUUGGUAAAUGGAACGCAACGCCUGGAAAUGCCUUGAGCGCAUAAUACCGCAAGUAUUACCAUUGUAACAAUUUGUACAAAACCAGUCAAUAAAAAGUAACAAUAAAACGAAAUCUGGCUUAAUAGAAUUCCGGCUGCCUGACUCAGAUAUACAAAUUGUUACAGUGGUAACAUUAAUUUCUUACAUUAUGUGAUUAUUCUCAUUAACACCGUCUAAUCAGGGGAUACGGUCGUUAGGUUGACACAACUUAGGUCAACGGUCAUUGGGUCGACAUACGUUAGGUCGACAGGGUAACUAGGUCGACGUGAUCAUUAGGUCGACCUGUACUAGGUCGACAGGUCAAAAGGUCGACGUGAGUUUUUUCACAUUUCUUAUUUUUUUCCAUUUUUCUGGAUUUUUCCAUACUUGACGAUCCACGUGGACUACAAUUGGGAACGGUAAUCUGUGCCAAGUGCAGCAGUAGUGGAGCGAGGCACCUUGCUCGAAGCAUGGCGAGCGAAUACGGUGCACUAAUUGGGGUUCCCCGUCAUUUUACGAAGAAAACGACACCCCAAAAAAAACAAAAACUCAUGUCGACCUUUUCACCUGUCGACCUAUCGUGGUCAACCCAAGGACCCAUACCCCUAAUCAGCUAUUGCUGCUUUUUUAUUAGUAAUACUUUGUUUUUGCUGUAGUGGUUCUUGCUAAUCAUUUCUAGUAUUAACAAUAUUAUUGAUAUAUUUGUUAUUAUUGUGUUAUAUUAGACCUAAUCAUAAGCUCGCUCCUUAAAAGACCUGUGCCAUUCGGUCAUCCCACUGUGCAACUGUGUCAAAUCAAACUGACGUCUGGAUUGUAGAUGGAUAAAACAGGCAGGGUGAGGGCCCAGCAUUCUGUGACGCAGCGCACCAUCCGUAGGACAGGUGUUAUCAGGCUACGACCAUCGAGAUAAUAGCUGCUUAGCAAAACUACAAAUGAGUAAAUAGGAGAUCAGAGGGAAAUGUAUGUGGGGGUAUUUCAAAAUUGGUAAAUGGAACGCAACCCCUGGAGGUGCCAAGAACACAUGAUACCGGAAGUAUAUCUUAAACGUCAGGAUUAGAUUAGAACAAUGGGUAAGAGCAGGGAGCGGGAGGUAGAGAAGUGAAGCGUAAGAGCAGGGAGCGGGAGGUAGAGAGGUGAAGCGUAAGAGCAGGGAGCGGGAGGUAGAGAGGUGAAGCGUAAGAGCAGGGAGCGGGAGGUAGAGAGGUGAAGCGUAAGAGCAGGGAGCGGGAGGUAGAGAGGUGAAGCGUAAGAGCAGGAGGUAGAGAGGUGAAGCGUAAGAGCAGGGAGCGGGAGGUAGAGAGGUGAAGCGUAAGAGCAGGGAGCGGGAGGUAGAGAGGUGAAGCGUAAGAGCAGGGAGCGGGAGGUAGAGAGGUGAAGCGUAAGAGCAGGGAGCGGGAGGUAGAGAGGUGAAGCGUAAGAGCAGGGAGCGGGAGGUAGAGAGGUGAAGCGUAAGAGCAGGGAGCGGGAGGUAGAGAGGUGAAGCGUAAGAGCAGGGAGCGGGAGGUAGAGAGGUGAAGCGUAAGAGCAGGGAGCGGGAGGUAGAGAGGUGAAGCGUAAGAGCAGGGAGCGGGAGGUAGAGAGGUGAAGCGUAAGUUGCAGGGAGCGGGAGGUAGAGAGGUGAAGCGUAAGAGCAGGGAGCGGGAGGUAGAGAGGUGAAGCGUAAGAGCAGGGAGCGGGAGGUAGAGAGGUGAAGCGUAAGUUGCAGGGAGCGGGAGGUAGAGAGGUGAAGCGUAAGUUGCAGGGAGCGGGAGGUAGAGAGGUGAAGCCGCUUCCUGAUGACAGGUGUGAGGUUCAUGAGCUAUUAGGGCAGAAUCUCAAUAUUUAGGUAGAUGGAAUUAUCUUGUUUUUUUAAAUGGGGUUAUAAAUCUGCUGCCCAUUUAUCUAUAAAUUGGUAUAUGGAGUCAAAUUUAUAUUUCCAUACUCCCUAUAUGCAUAUAAGUUUCCCUAUAAAGAGAUCUAGUAUAUGCGGAGAGGUACUGCGUUCUUUGUGUCUCGGAGAAGCAUAGGCCCUCAUUCCGAGUUGUUCGCUCGGUAAAUUUCAUCGCAUCGCAGCGAUUUUCCGCUUAGUGCGCAUGCGCAAUGUUCGCACUGCGACUGCGCCAAGUAAAUCUGCUAUGCACUUAGUAAUUUUACUCACGGCUUUUUCAUCGUUCUGGCGAUCGUAAUGUGAUUGACAGGAAAUGGGUGUUACUGGGCGGAAACAGGCCGUUUUAUGGGCGUGUGGGAAAAAACGCUACCGUUUCCGGAAAAAACGCAGGAGUGGCCGGAGAAACGGAGGAGUGUCUGGGCGAACGCUGGGAGUGUUUGUGACGUCAAACCAGGAACGACAAGCACUGAACUGAUCGCAGAUGCCGAGUAAGUCUGAAGCUACUCAGAAACUGCUACGAGGUGUGUAAUCGCAAUAUUGCGAAUACUUCGUUCGCAAUUUUAAGAAGCUAAGAUUCACUCCCAGUAGGCGGCGGCUUAGCAUGAGCAAAUCUACUAAAAUCGCCUUGCGAGCGAUCAACUCGGAAUGAGGGCCAUAGUUUCCAAGAUAUGAAACCUCUCCCCUAACCCAUGUCACAAACACUGUAUUUAUAGUCAUAUCAUUGCUGAAAUAGCAGAGAGUAAUAUGGACACCCCCUGUUUUCCUCUUGUGGGGGACGUUAUGCCCAAAUAUGUGACUGUGAGUUAUAAGUUAUAUGAGCAUUUCAGGGGGGGCCCGCAUUAGUUAUCGAAUGAGCCAAUCAGGGCCUCAGCUGACCCCACCAAAGGUGCGAUAUUCUGGUGAUAAAGAGUGUUUGCGGCUUGUGAUCAGGGCUGGAAAUGAGGCUCCAUCACAGAGGAGUUUUCACCUGCAGGUCUCUGCACCUUUCCCACCGUUACCCUGCGGACAGACCGAGCUGCGUGUUAAGGCUGCAAGUUAAUCCUGUUUUAUUUACUCCUUUGCUUACUUGUAUGUAUAUUCUUUGUAACUCUUUUAUCUUGUAACCACUACUUUUUGUAACUUUCUGAAAUAAGCAUUGUACCCUUGUUUUUUGGUAAAAUAAACGUCCAUUUGUUUAA